GAGAGAGAGAGAGAGAGACAUUUCAGUCCUUAUCCCGCCAUAGUUGGUUCCUCGCGUACCCGCCGUAGACCAUCACCAGUAAACCACCUCGCUAGGCUGCUUCACUCGUCUGCCGGGGCCGGCUGGAAGUCUUCUCCUGCUCCACUUAUUCAACUGGAUUUACGGCUAAUUUCUACGUUACCAUCUGUUUUUACACCUUUUUUAAAAAGUUUGCUGCGGAGAAUCAUCACUUUUUAGACGUUAUUUCCCACAGUGGGAUUUUCCCUCCGUUGUUAUAAUUUCUUGUUGCGCUUUUGGCAAAUUCAGGAGAGAAACUUUUAUUUAGCUGGCUUCGAUAUCAGUUUUUACGAGCUUUGUUUGGGUUUUUUGUUGGACUUGGACAAACAAUCACCACCAUGCACAAGCUGUACAUUGGGAAUCUAAGCGACAGCGUGACUGCUGACGACUUGGGCAAAACCUUCGACGAACACAAGAUCCCGUACUCGGGUCAGUUCCUCAUGAAGACGGGCUACGCGUUUGUGGAUUGUCCGGACGACUCCUGGGCCAUGAAGGCCAUCGAGACCUUUUCCGGUAAAGUGGAACUUCAAGGCAAACGUAUUGAGGUCGAGCACUCCGUCCCCAAGAAGCAAAGGACCAGGAAACUGCAGAUCAGAAACAUUCCACCUCACCUGCAGUGGGAGGUGCUGGAUGGUCUGUUGGCUCAGUGUGGAACCGUAGAGAACUGUGAACAAGUGAACACCGAGAGUGAGACGGCCGUGGUCAACGUCACGUAUGCGUCCAGGGAGCACGCCAGGCAAGCCAUCCAGAAGCUCAACGGCUACCAGUUCGAGAACAACGCCCUGCGCGUCUCCUACAUCCCCGACGAGAACUCCGAGGCAGAGGGGGGCCAGCGGGGGCCCGACAACGGGCGGCGCGGCUACGGGCCCCGCGGCGGGCCCCGCGGCGGCUCACCGAACUCCGGUAUGCCCCCCAAGCCGCCGCACGCCGACAUCCCCCUGCGGCUGCUGGUGCCCACGCAGUACGUCGGCGCCAUCAUCGGCAAGGAGGGGGCCACCAUCCGCAACAUCACCAAGCAGACGCAGAGCAAAAUCGACGUGCACCGCAAGGAGAAUGCAGGCGCCGCAGAGAAGCCCAUCAGCAUCCACUCCACCCCCGAGGGCUGCUCGUCGGCCUGCCGCAUGAUCCUGGACAUCAUGCAGCAGGAGGCCAAGGACACCAAGACUGCUGAUGAGGUUCCUCUAAAGAUUCUGGCUCACAACAACUUUGUGGGACGCCUGAUUGGGAAGGAGGGACGCAACCUGAAGAAAGUGGAGCAGGACACGGACACCAAGAUCACCAUCUCCCCUCUUCAGGACCUGACGCUGUACAACCCAGAGAGGACCAUCACAGUCAAAGGCUCGUUGGAAAACUGCUCCAACGCCGAGGUGGAGGUCAUGAAGAAGGUCAGAGAGGCCUACGAGAACGACAUCGCCGCAAUGAAUCAACAGACCCACCUGAUCCCCGGCUUAAACCUCGGUGCUCUGGGCCUCUUCCCCUCCUCCUCCAACAUGCCUCCUCCGCCGCCUGGAAACGCCUCCGGUAGCGCCCCCUACGGCUGCUUCGGGGCUCCAGAGCAGGAAACGGUCCACGUUUACAUUCCAGCACAGGCCGUGGGCGCCAUCAUCGGCAAGAAAGGGCAGCACAUCAAACAGCUGAGCCGCUUUGCCGGGGCUUCCAUCAAGAUCGCCCCAGCUGAAGCUCCCGACUGUAAAAUGAGGAUGGUGGUUGUGACAGGACCCCCAGAGGCUCAGUUUAAGGCUCAGGGCAGAAUCUACGGCAAGCUGAAGGAGGAGAACUUCUUUGGCCCGAAGGAGGAAGUAAAACUGGAGACUCACAUCAAGAUGGCCGCCGCAGCUGCGGGAAGGGUCAUUGGCAAGGGGGGGAAGACGGUGAACGAGCUUCAGAACCUGACAGCGGCCGAGGUGGUGGUCCCCAGGGAGCAGACGCCCGACGAAAACGACCAGGUCAUUGUGAAGAUCAAUGGACAUUUCUACGCCAGCCAGUUGGCUCAGAGGAAGAUCCGUGACAUCCUGACCCAAGUGAAGCAGCCACAGAAAGGCGGCUCGGGCCCCGGCUCGGGCCCCGGCCCAAACCCCCAGGGCUUCACAGAGAUGGGCAGCCCCACGCAGGGACUGACUCAGGACCACCAGCCACGCAGGAAGUGAGGGUCCCCCACCACCCUCAACACGUGCUGUGGGACCCCCCCCACGGCCGGACGGAGAGACACAAAGACAGACAGACACACGGAAAGACGGACAGACACAGACAGACAAAACAGACAGACAGAGGGAUGCAGGAGAGCGACACACGAUACAGCGAUAGACAGACAGACAUCGAGGGAGGGAGGGAGGGAGGGAGGGCGCCCGAGAGAAAGACGGGGAUUAAAAUCAAAAGAUGAAAUGAAUAAAAUUAAAAAUAAAAAAAAGUAAGAAAACGUGAGAACAGACGCCAGAUGCCAGGCCAGAAAGAGGCUGAGUGAGGAUGGGGGGAGGAAGUAAGGGGGGGUGGGGAGAGGCGUCCUCCUAGCGAGUCUCCGCAGGGCUGCUCGCCCGCUGCAGGUUCAACACCCGUCCACGAGACACGCUAGCCAGGCUGUUCGUCCCUCCGUCCCCCCGACAGGCCUCUCCCGCCAUCUGCACUCAGUCCUAUAUUUUAAAGGUGUUUUCUUUUUUUUUUUAACAUAGAGAUAUAUGUAUAGAAAUGUUUUAUUCAGAGCUAUUAUUGAUAGAAUGCAGUGAAGCAGAGCCGGGAGAGGGAGUGGGGAAACGGACCGCGGCGGCACAGGGGGUGAGGGGUGGCGCCCCCAUCCCCCCUUAACCUGCCCCCUUAACCUGCCCAGCCAAUAAAAGUCUAGAAAGAGGGGCCGCAGAUGUUAACACUGCUCUUUUGGAAAAAAAAAAGAAAAAAAGGAACUCUUCCGAAUAGCGGAGCGUUUGUAAGAAGAAAAUAUGAGGUUGUAAAUAUAAUCUUCAUGUGGAUGAAGUGCUGCGUCUGGCCGCCUUGCCUUUUUUAAAGAGUAAUUCAAAGAGGAAAAAGAAGGGGGUCUUCUUUUCAUUUCCCAGUGCUUCGUCUAUGACAUGUAGCAUAAUGUAGCCUACAACAGGGCUCUGGGCGGGGGAGGCACUGAGGCCCCCUCCCCACUAUUCGCCGUGUGGUGGGAGGCGCAGCAGGAGACAGUAAGGGGAGCGGCGGUCGCAGCUGGUCCUGCAGUUCUAAUGCAGCGGCCCAGCUCACACACACGAGACGCAGCCGGCGCUACGCUAGCUGGGUAUCGGCCCCGCACCUCAAACGGCAUAUUUUAUAUAUAUUAUAUAUAUAUGAUAUGUGAGUUAGCCCGGCCCCUCGGGUGAAUGUAUCAAAGGCAGCGAGUCGGGUGUGAGGUUUUCCCGCCCCGUACCAAUACGUUGUGCAGUGACGGACAGAUGGACAAGGCGCGUCUCGAGACUCCGCCCAUUGCCUUCUCCCGGCGCUGGACACUCCAGGUCGGUUCUCAGACAGGAUGGCGUUCUCCUCAGAGGAGCUGGGGGUCCUUGAGACCAUCCCUGUAUUAGAAGGUGACUUUGUUGAGACCGGCCUCGGUUCAGCGCAGGACCCAAAAGGCGGGUUUUCCAGCUCCUUGCCUUAAGCUCAAGGUAAAAUCAGACCGAACUGGGGAGGGGGGGCGGCUUCCUCAUUCUCUCUCCCAAUCUGCCAAAGGCCUGUGGGUGGAGCUUCCAGACCCUGCCCCUAUAUGAUAAUGAGGGGCGGGGUCUUCGCCUGGAUGCUCUCACCCAAGAUUAGAACAGAUUAGAGAAAUAAAUGAAAAAGAAAAAAACUACCUCAGGGUAAAGUUACCUCAGUAUUCCUUACUUUUUUUUGCUUGCUGGUGUUUUAUACGAGAUAAAACGAGAGCUGAAUAUUGUUUAUUUUUUUAAAAGAAAAGUAUUUUUUUUUAGAUCUUGUGUUGUUUCUUUGGUUAUAUUUUUUCUGUUUUUUUUUCUUUUUUGGCGUGUGAGAUGAUGGGUGAAUGUGCUCAGGAUGACGAGGCUGCGUGUUUUUCUCAGAUAUUGAUAAACUGCUGGUCUACAGAGGAAAUGGAUCAAGGACCAUUUUGCCUUUUUGAAAACGUUUUUUCUCGUAAAUUGAGGAAAACAUGCUCUCUGUCUUCCUGAGGUGUGAUUGGAGCAGCUGAAGUAUUGGCCGAAGGGGGGGUGGUGCAGCUAGACGGGGGGGGUUACCCGUGGCUCACGUCAUCAGCGAGGAUGUGACACUCUUCCUCAGGGGUCGUCCCAUUGUGUCAGGACCUCCUUCACCCGCCUCAUUGUAAUGACAUCAUCACCAAGCGCCAGACAUUACGAGAGGGCUCCAAGCGUUCAGGACGUUGAGGUUUCUCGCCCUCAACGAAGACAUGAGAGAGCUAGCUUUAAAAGGCCCAUUUCUUUUACCCCCUGUUGUGGAACUCAUUAGAUCAGAGAGGUCCAUCUGCAGCGUGAAGCCAUUCCCCACACACACACACACACACACACACACACACACGCCCACACAAGCGCCAACACACCGCUGAACUAGCUCUGACUUCUCUGAAUGUGAAUAUUUAUUACCUGUGCACUGACCGCGACACCAUAGAUGCUCUCUGGUGUGUGUGUGCGCGUGUGAGUGAGCGUGUGUGUGUGUGUGUGCGUGCAUGUGUCCGGUUUUAAAUGUUCAUUUCUGUCAGGGGACGUUGUUUGGGUGAGACUUUAGCAGGAAAAAAAAAAGCAGAAAAAAGUUGGACGAGAACCUAUGGGGCCCUCCGUCUGUAUUACAACUGACUGUGGACCUUUUUGAAGUCGAUAAAAAAAGGAAAGGCAAGAGUUUAAAACAACAUGAACACACCUGUGAAAUAGAUUCAAACCUGUAUAUAAGAUUUUAAAAAAGCAAUCGCGAUACUUUUGUAUUUUUUGAGUAAAAAAACGCUAAAAGGAAUCCGAAUGGGAGGAGGCGUAGAGUGAGGACUGCCGAAGCUGCCGAAGGACACUGCCAGAUAACAAUCUUCUCAACGUCCCAUCACCUCCGCCCGGCGACCUCCACCUUCAGCCUCCACCGGCUCACCCCAAAACAGGGGAAGGUCUAUUCCAUUGUGUCUAUGCCUCCAUCUUUGAGAGAGGCGGGUAAACCUUGCAGUGUGACGCGGGUCGCCCAUAGAGCUCUGUUCACCACUACCAAGACACCCAAUUUAUGAUUUGACAAUUCUAUUCAGCCCAGCGCCAUUUUGGAUCAGUUAGCAUUCUUUUUAUUUGCUUUUUUUUGGCAAUACAGCAAAUUUUUUAUAGUAGACGUGACAUCUGGAGACGUACUGUUGCACGAAUUAAUGAAAUAUGUUGACCACGUCGCACUGCGGAAAAACGACUUUGGCAAUUCUUUUAAAAUGUGUAGAAAGAAGGGGGGGGUUGGGGGUGGGGAAGGGGCGGGGCUUGGACUGAGUUCCGUCUCCCUUUAUCUUUGUCCCCCUCCCUCUGUCCUUCUGCAAAACAAAAUGAUUUAUGUCCCCUUACAAUUGUGUUGCCCUCUGAACUCCGGGAGAAGAGUGACAUUUUUUCUUGUUCUUUUUUAUUUAGAAACAAACCUUUUGAAAAAUAUUUGUUUCAUUUAUCGGAGUGGGCGGAAUCUCCAGGGUCCCUCGCGCUGGUCUCCAUCGUGUUUUUUUUAGCCUCACUUCUGUUCAAGACUUUUCCAUUUUGAUUUUUUAUUUACUUUAACCACCGUUUUGUUUUUAUUGUUUUAACUAUCGAAGUCCUAACACUUUUUGGCAAAAAAUAGAAAUAUUUGAUAAUUUCUCGUUUUUUUUCUCCAAAUGUCUCAAAUCUAACAAACCAGCUUCUAAAUAGAAAAAUCUACAAUCACUUAGUUCAGUACUUGACAGUAACUGUUCCCAAUGCACGGGAAGGGGAUCAGCUCUUAGCAGGCAGAUACAGAACCUUGCAGAUGGCUGCAUUCAGACACACCGUGCUGCCAACAGAUCCCCAACAGCAGAUGUGCAUUAUUUCUGGCGCCAAAGGUCAACCCUCUCUCCUUUUUCAUUUUCAUGCAAGUUGAGUCGGGCACCUGUCUGCUAAGCCUUGUCCCAGCUGAUUCUAACGUAUCAAUAUGUGACAAAUAAACAUUCAAGUAUCAAACGUAUUGAUUUUGUUGUAUCCAGCGUAUUCUAAGACUGCCGAAAGGAUCGUACCCGUGCAUGUUUUAUCCCAUUUACUGUAGACUGUAAGCCACCCCGCUGAAAACCCUCCCCAGCUGAACGUGGCCAUACGAUGUGUGGGCCUCUCCACCAGAAAAAACAGGCUUUAAGAUGCUAAAAUGCUUCUCUGAGUUGAGGGGGAAGAAUUCUCUAUGGGGACGCUGCGUAUUCCGCAUCAGCACUGUCAACGGUGUGCAGCAAAUGGGCGGAAAUCAAGUGGCGUCGUCCUUUUUAGUUAAAAAAAACGUGGGCGAUACGGACAGACCGCUGCUGUGGUGCUCAAGCAGUACAAACUUCUCUUUGUCUUGUCCCCCCGUCCCAAACGGAGACCCAGGGGAGGGACACGCCGACGAAACAGACCGGACACAUAACUGGGAACGCUACCUCAAAUCCUAAGUCAGAAAUGCAGACAGAAAGCACGAACAGUCUAUGUGACGUUAUCUUCGUCACCCUUCAACUUCUAUUUAAGUUUUAUUUUUAAAUUGCCUCUUUCAAGCUUUCGAGGUGGGACUGUAAAAAAAAUAAAUGACUAAAGACAAAACACUCGUACACAUUGUGGGACACUGUGGGCAGCCGGAACAAUUUUAAUUUUAUUGCGUUGUGUGGGACGACAGGAACCUGAUUUGUCCAUUUCUGGGCUCAUCUUCUGAAAGUGAGCGGCGGGUUUUCCAGUUGAUUCAGUCACCUGAACCCAUUGUUUUUCUUUUUCUUUCUUACCUGCCUCCGAUCGCUAACUACACCCACAAUCCCUUCAGCUCUGCCCUGCUGCACCCCUCACCUCCCUCCCUGUGAUUCACCUCCUGAAUCAAGGGCCACGACACCUGUAACCAUGUAAUUGUUUUGUUGAUCUACCUCCUGGGAAGAAAAUAGGGCUUUUUUUGGGGGGAAAAAUGACACGCAAAUGUCAAACAAAAAAAGUUGCUCAAAAGAAAUAUAGCUAAAUGAAUAACUGGGUAGCAGCAUCUCCAUAUACUGUAGUGGAUAGUCUAUUAAAGGAAAACAAACUUACUUCUUCCAAAGAAUCUUUUCUUUCUUCUUAGUUGUUUAUCAAUUAUGAAAUAAUAGUAUUUUGGUUUUUUUUGGUUUUUAAUUAAAAAAAAAGAAUCAUUUUUCUCCAAUUUGCAUUUUCUUUUGUCAAUUUCGUUUGCAAACCCUUUAACUUCAAGAUAUUUUUUAUUGACUUUUGAUGUUUUUUUUCUCUUUGACAGCAUUUUCUCUUUUUCUUUGACAGCAGAUUGUAUCUCUUGUUUUCGGGUGCAUUUGGUGUUUUCUUUCUCUCUGUAUAAACCUACAUGAGUUAUAGCGCCCUGCGAGGACCUUCUACACAGAUCCAUCUUUUCUAAUGAGUUGUUUUAAAAAGGAUUUUCUCUGGCCGGGUAGCUGCGGGGGGGAGGGGCCUCGUUCCUCACCGUGCCGCUGACCUCCGACUCCCCCACUGACAUGGAGUGCGUGCGGCCGCGAGGAGAUGCGGGGUCCCUCCCUUCGCCGGGGCGAAUCCGGUCUUUACAGUAUAUGGACUCUCACCCUCUGCCUGCCUGAUUCCUUUAGUCCUCAUCAACACUUGUUUUAAACUCCCUGUAAACAAAACAGAGCAUAGAUAUGAAUGUGUUAUUAAAAGAUGAGAAAACGGA